AUGACAUGUGACCACGUCAAAUGCGACGUCGCCACUCCUACCGCAGUACCCGCACUCCCUGCUUCCCCCUCCCUCGUGUCUGAAAAGCUCGCCAAGCCCGAGCACCCACGCCACAUCAAGAGCGAUGCGCCGCACCUGGACCGAAAAAACCGGCCCCAAAAAUCGGUAGGGGAGAGUGUGGGGGUAAAAGAGGCCGAGGAGAGAAGAAGGGAGGAGAGGAGGCCAGAGAAGAAGGUGUGGGAAUGGACGCGGAGCGACCGGGAGCAGGAGCGGAUGCCAUGCAAGCAUGACGAUGCACGAGGUACGCCCGCCCCGUCACCUCCCACAGCGCCGCCACCACGCACCUGUCUCACCGAGCACCCAACGACACCGACGGCCCUGACACGUUCACAUGCGACACCACCGCAUCGUGGUGCACGCACGCCCACAGCACCCGUGACACAGGACAUGGACAACGUGCCUGCCACAUCACCGGCACCAGGGGCGCGCGACCACAACAGCACGGCACUGAUGCAUGACACGAACGAUGCGCACACCACGUCACCAGUGCGAGGGGCGCAAGCCCGCGACAGCCUGACACCAAUGCGCCUUGCUGUCCGGGCCACCGACCACCCAACAGCGCAGGUGGUGCCAAGCGCACCGAUGCACCGUGGCUGCGCAACGGAGCCCACAGCGACCGCAGUGCAGGAUGCGGACGUCGCGACUGACACACCACCGGUGCUGAGGACGCGCCACGCAGGUGCCGAUGCAUGA